AUGAUAUUUAUCCACAAGAAUGUAAAGUUAUAUGUUUUUGCUUCUGUUCCAAACUUCAACACCAUGAUUAGUAUCCCAAGAUGUUUAUUUAUAUUAACCCAUCUCUUCUUGUUAUUGAGUGCUGCAGCAAACGAAGAUGAGCACAAUUUAUCAACUGUUACCGCCUCUUUGAUCGAUGGACAUUACGACGAUCGCAUAAUCAUCGACUCAGUAAUUGAUAUAAAACCGGCAAUGAUAAAACAUUACUUGUGGCAUCUUAUCACCACACAAAGAAAUUACAUGUAUGCUAACAUACCUUAUGGAAUUAUUUUCAACGAAUUUACAUUGUGUGUGCUCGCUUAUUUUAUGGUUCCAUAA